UUUUUUCUAUUGGUUUUCAGUUGACCCCGCGAAAAAAAAGGAUUUAACGCACUAAUUUUUGAAUGGUUGAAUUUGAAUAAUACACAGGGGUAAAGAACACAUAUUCAACCAGAAAGGGGGUAGAGAUGCAAACAGUGAGUUAGUAAGUAACAUUUCAUCAUUUGUGAAUAAGGGACGUUCAAGUUAACACCAGCCGGAUUACUUACUUGGAUUAUAAUUCUAAACGUCAUUCUAUUUUUUUUGAGAACACCUUAUGUUUUGGCUACAUAUCUAAUUUGGAUUAUAACUAUAAACUGGAUAAUUAUGCAUAAAUCUCGUUCACGAACUUCUGGUGUAUAUCGAGUUGAACACCUUGUCGGAAAACGAAUACGUGGGAGUCGUGUAGAAUACCUAGUGAAAUGGAAAAAUUGGUCUGACGAACAUAAUACAUGGGAACCAGAAAAAAAUAUAUUAGACAAACGAUUAAUUGAAUCAUUUGAAAGACGUGAGAAACGUAAGAAAGCACAACAAGAAUUAAAUUCACACGAACGAAGUAUUAGUUCAGAAAGUCAACGAUCUUCAUCUUUAAAUUCACCAGAUAAUAAACACUAUUAUUACCAUCAUGACAAUAUUUCUAAAUCUAAAGAGAAUGUAUCAAUGAUCACAAGUCCAGAAAGAGUGUUAUGUUCACGUGGUACAAUAGAAUGUGAAAGUCCUAUUUUGUCAAAAGCUUCAUCAGUUUAUACUGAUCCAAUUCUUUCUACUUUCCUUAAUACUGCUACUACCUCUACAAAAGUUAUUUGCAAUGAUGAUUCUGAUAAUGUCAUGAAAAAUAUUCCAACAUCUUCAUGUUCACCAAAUUUAUCGAUAGAUCCUAUGACCAGUAAUAGUAGUACUAGAAUAACACCGAAUUCGAUUAGCUCACCAAUUAAUAUUGAAUCAAACAAUAAUAAUAAUGAUUUGUGCUUUGAUCGUCGUUUCCGUCGGACAACUUUACUUGUUGCUGCUGCUUCCGCUUCCGCGGCUAAUGCAGCUGCUGCAUUAGCACAUUCUAGAAUAUCUGGAAGACAAACACAACAAACUACUAAUAUUGCUCAUACGGAAAACUCUCAACCUGUUAUCAGUCCGUCUCCAGCGGACAUAACUAGAAAUAUAACCACUAGUACUACAACCAGUACUACUACUACUACUAGUUGUAGUACUAUCAGUACUACGACUACAGUUACAACUUUUAAUGUAACAAAUGAAGAAAGACCAAAGAUUCGUCUGACUAUACCGCGUGAUCGUAUAUUACCUUGUCCACCAGUAGGUGUAUCAAGUAAUUCUUCUUGUAAUAGUCAAAAUUCUUCACAAUUAACUAGUUCAUCUAUAGAAGAUUCAGAUCAUUCAUCUUUUCUUGAAUUGUCUACUGCACUCAAACAUGAUGAUUCAAUUUCAACUGCGACAACAACUACGACACAUUUUAUUGCGCCGGUUGAAUUACCACGUCGAAGUAGUACAACUUUAUCACCACAUACAUUCAAUCCAACCGGAGGCAUGCGUCUUCCAGAGAUUCAAAUUGAAAAUUCUCCACAAUCUUUUUACACAGAUACAGUUGGUACAUUGAACACUUGUAAAUCACCCAAAUGGACUAAGCAGAUACCUUGUAUAAAUACGUCAAAUAUUAUGCAAUUGCCUAAACUUUUUAUUUCUUCUACUACAAUCUCUUCAUCAUCAUCAACACCAUUCGAUCUAAUUAUUUCUACAAAAAAGCGUCAUCGGCAAUUUAGAUCUGAAAGUUGUUUAUCUUCUCCAGGAAAUGAAGAAUAUGAAUGUACUAAAAAACGUAAACAUUCACAAAAGAAAGACAAGCGUAAACGACGUCAUGAUCAAACUUCUGAUUAUUAUUAUCAUCACCAAAAAAGUGGUUACUCUUCAUCAUUCGAAGAUUAUAAUGUGAAUGUGAGUAAAAUACGUCGACGUUCCGGUUCAUCUACCUCAUUAACAUCAUCAUUAUCGACAGAUAGCUUUUCACCGACUAUUUCAAAUAAUACAUCACCUAAUGAAGAUUUUCCACGUUUAGCUCCAUUACGUAUACAUUUACCAAGAUCGCUCACUACACAGUUAUCUGGGCCGGAUAGUUUAUGUUCAUACACUGACAAUCAUCAUGAAUCACUGACUGAUUAUCAUCAUCAUCAUCAUCCUACACAUAGACUUUCAUCAUCAUCUUCAUCGUCAACUUCCUCAACUUCGUGUAGAACAACAAUUUCUACGAAACAUUCAAAUGAUAUGAUUAUUGGACAAAAUCAUAUGUUAUUACAUAAUACAACAAAUCAAAUUCAUUCAAAUUAUAGAAAACAAAUUCGUCUUGUGCCAGAAAUGUGUAUCACUGAUAUAACUGUUGAUGGUUUAACUAUUAGCAUUAAAGAAUGUAGUGGUCCAGGAAAUUUUUUCGGUAUACCAACUAGUCAACUUGUUCAACAUAAUUGUUAUAAAAAUGAAUAUAUUACUAAUUCUGAUGAUGAUGAUGAUUUUACCACCGUGACUACAGUUAUCGAUUCGUGCAAAAUGCCAAGUACUACGGUGACUACUACUAACAGUACGUCUACCAUUACUACUACGUAUACGAUAACAACAAUGACAUCACCAAUACCAUUAGCCACACGAACAAUUAAACCAUUAUGCUUGAAUUUAAAAGAACAAAAUCUUUCCUCUGUUAUCACAAAAUUAGAUACUUCGAUAGAUGAUAAUUUAAUCAUUAAUAAUAGUAAUAAUAGUAUUAGUGAUCUCACUACAAAAAGUGUAGAUAAUGUUAAUUUAUGUGAUAUCAAACAGGGAAAUGUGGCUAGUAAUGAUAAUGAUAAUAUAAUACAAAAGUAUGUAAAAAAAAACUCACUCAGUCAAUAUGCAGAUGAGAAUGUUGCCCCGGAUCAACAACAAAAUUGUAUAAAUUAUACUGUAAAUCAAUCAAAUCUAGACAUGUCUGAUCUGUCAUUACAUUCCAUUUCGCCAACUUCCAAUCCUUCACCAUUAUUAACAUCAUCAUCACCGGACACCACGUGUUCAGUUGCUGUCACGUCAUUACCAUCAUCAUCACCUGAGAUUAAUAAUCUUCAACUAAGUACAAUUUAUGAAGAAACUGAGACGUCAUCUACGACUAUCUCAUCAGUAGUAUCACUUGAAAAUGAACAUAAAAUUAAAAAUGAAACAAUCAUCGAAAGCUGUUCUACACCAAAUCCAACAGUGAUCAAAUCUGAAAACGAACUGACAAUUAACCCAUCAACUUCACCGAUCAUUGUUAAUAACACACCAGUUCCCUCAUCAUUAUCAGCUCCAUCGUCAUCAACACCUGAGAUUGUAUUAGCUAGUCAUUCACAGUCUUCAUCAUCAUCUUUUAUGUUAGCUGCUACAGAGGCUAUUAUGAAAAGUUCAUUGAAUUCACCAAGUUCACCAGGACUUUUAUUACCUCCAAGACGGUCAUCUACACCAAUUGAACAUAGCCCUCCUUAUAUACCUCAAUUAUCAUUUAUAAAUUCAUGUAAAAAAUCUAAUUUAAACGAAACAUUAUGUGAACCAAAAUCACCUCCACAAUUACAUGAAACUACCACUUUGCGUACUAACCAAACUAAUGAUAAUAAUCUUUGUAAAAUAAAUAAUCCUAUUACUUCAAUCAAUAGUGAUAUCAAUACCAUGACUACAUGUAUAUCGGUUUGUAAAUCCUUGCCAACACUUGCUAUUAAUACCACUACCACUACUUAUAAUAAUAAUAACACUAAUAAUAAUAGUUCACCUCGUAAAAGUUUAAAUUUGAAACCUCCAAUUACUACUACUACUAUUACUGCUAAUAGUAGUACACGGAAUCGACCAAUGGCAACUAUAUUUGGUCAAGUACGUAAUCGUGGUACUACUAGCAUUAAGUAUUCUACUAAUACUGGAGUUAAUCAACUGACAUCAACAACUAUUAAUAAUACUGGUUUUGUAAAUACUGUGGAAUAUUCUCCUUCACGUAAAACAUCAGUCAAAUCAAAGUAUUCAUCAACAACAAUAACAAAUAAUUGGAAUAAUUAUACUUGUGAUACAUUAAAUUCACCAAAACCAAUCGGUAUGAUAAAUGCUUCACAAAUGAAUAAUAAUCGUAAAAAAAUCAAUGAUUUGGAUAAUAUCUAUACAUUUCCUGGUGAAUCUCCUACAUAUACAAUUCCAACUGGUAGUAGUACAAUUAAUAACACCUGUCAUUUGGAUACUGCGUCUUCAUCAUCAUCAUCAUCAUCAUCAUCAUCAUCAUCUCCACGUAGUAUAACGUCUAUAGAUUCAAAGCAUACCAAUUCUUGUGUAAGAUCUAAAUCCACUAUUAAACAAAAUCAUUAUCUACAACGAAAUCAAGAUGUUAAACGGUGUUUUUCCUCAUCUUCACCAACAUCUCUUACGUCAAUAUCUUCAGCGUCAUCAUCGACAUCAUUAUUGUCGACAACAACAAUACAAUCAGAUUUAAUGAUAAAGACAUUGUCACCGUUUUUAAAUUUAUCCACACUAUCCUCUUCAGUUAUUCAUCCAAAUAAUAAUAAUAAUGCUUCCUUACUGGAUCAAUGUUUAAGCACACCAUCUGUCAUUGAUAACCAACUACAUAGUGUUAAUAAUAAUAAUAACAAUAAUAAUAAUAAUGGUAGUAAUGGUAAUAAUAGUACUCCCAGCUCAUCGUAUCUUCAUAAAACGAAUCCCGACAGUUCUGCAUUAGCCGCAGCGGUUUGUUUGCAACAAUUACAAAUGCAAAUGAUGUGUUGUACCACUAAUCCAACUGCGAUGGCUGUUGCUUUAAAUGCCUUAAAUGGAUUUUCGUCUAAUUCCUUCAUACCAAAUAUGAAUUUUCCAUCAAUUCAUAUGAAUCCUGACACUAGCCAUCAAAAUAAUGAUAAUGAUAAUAGCACAGUAACUGCGACUAUUACUACUACCAGUACUACUAAUGCUAAUAGUUCGGAAUGGUUAACAUCGAGUAAUAAUAAUAAUAAUAAUAAUAAUAAUAAUUCCCUAAAUACAUUUAGUCCUAUGGAUUCGAACUGCACAUUACCUAUCAAUAAUCCAUCUCUGUUAUUCUUUCCACAUGAACAUGGAUUAUUGUUAAAUCCUUGUGGAAUACCAUAUACUUCUUAUCCUAAUCAUAUUAGUAGCAAUCAUUCUGCAGAGCUCAGCAUGUUUACUCAAUUAACUGAUUAUAUCGAUGGAUUUUCAUUAGGGAAUAUGUUGAAUCCACCAUUGUCAAAUCUAACAUCUGGAUGUCCGGAUCUAUUGAAUUUAAAUGGUAUACACUUAUCUCCAUGUCUUAAUACGAAUUCGCUGAUAAAAACCACCACCAAUACGACAACAACAGGGACAGUAAAUGACAUGUUAGAUAAUUCCGAUCUACCAAUUGAUUUAUCUGCGAAAAGAUGAUUUGUUUACAAUUUUUUAAAAUAGUUCUUGUACAGUUCUGGUUUUUUUGUUUAUGACAUAUACUAUAGUGCUUUCAUUGUAUAUAGAUAUCAAUAUUUUUUAAUCAUAUACAUAUAUAUUUAUGGUUUAACAUUAUUAAAAUAUUCAGAUUUAUUCCAUAUUUAUAUAAUUACUGAAAUACAUAGAAUCUAAUUAUCUUAGAAUUAUUUAAUUUAAUCACUAUUCUCUUUUCUGCUUGUCUAUUCCUUUUAUCACUUGUCUGUCCAUUGUAAUUUGUAAAUACUUCUUUUUUUGGUUGUUGAUAUUAAAUUUGUAGUCAAGUAAUAACAAAUUGUAACUGACGAGUGUCAUAGACUACAGCUAACAUUAUUGGUUAUUACUACUUUCCAUUUUCAUACAUUCUACAUUUCGAUAUUAUGAGACUAUAUGUAUUAAUCAUUGAUUAUUUCGUUCACUAAUCAUAAUGAAAUUUCAUAAGUUGCUGGUUUUAUUUCACAAUUAGAAUACUAGUAGUCACCUAUCACGAUUUUAUUCGUUAAUAUCGAUUUUUCAAAUUACACAAUAUACGUACUAUACUUUUUUCUUCUUUUUCUUCUUUGUCUCUUAUGUAAACAUACAUACAAAUUACUUCAAUUUACUUUUAUUCUUACUGGGUUUCGAUUUUUUCACCUUAGUUAUUAUUUUCAUUUCUUUGUUUAGUUACUAGUUUUGUUUUGGUUUUUCGCUUUCUCAGAGUAUUUCAAUAUGUUUACAUAAACAUAUAUAUAUAUAUAUAUAUAUAUAUAUCCCUUCUGAAAAAAAUAUCUGCCACAUUAAGUCAAGAAAUCAUAAAGAAUAAACAAAUACAUAAAGAUUACAGUAAUGUAUAUUUUGUUUGAUUACUUUUUCCGACUUCUUUUUUUGUUCGAACGUGUAUUUGACUUGACAAAUCCAACGGUAGAAUGAUGUAAUUUUAUUACAAAAUGGGAAUACGUUUUCGUGAAAUACCACCACUUAUCUUAUUAAGUUGUUGAAAUUAAUCGUGUAGAUAGGUGCAGACUAAUUUUUUGUUACAUCCUUGAGAUUAUUGGAAACGUUGUAUGAAAUGGCUUACAAAUUGGUUACAGUUAUAUUUUACUAUAAUUUCCCUUGAUUACCUCGUCUAACCAUGAUGAUAUAAUGUACCGAUUUGAACAGAUGCAAGUUCUCCACUUUGCGUAAGACUCAUUUUGACUGGUGUUGAACUUCAAUGAUAAUUGCUUGAUUUCACAAUUCCAGUUUCCAUGUCUGAAUACCAAUCUACCUGCAUCGGGCUUCGUACUGGUAAAAAAUCAAAGCACCACAAGCCCUUGAUGUCUUUUAUACGAAUCUGAUCUUGGUGAAUUAUAUUAAUUAAUUCACAAUUGAUGUAGUCAAAUCUUAUAUUUAUAAACACACAUCGGCAGACAUGAUAUCC